AUGUCUCCAAUCCUCAUAGCAACUGCUAUCGGGCUGGUUGCAUUUUACGUGUUGAAAUGGGUCUCUACGAAGAGAUUGCGCGUAGCUUUACCCCCAGGGCCUCCACGAAAGCCACUCAUUGGUAAUCUGGGGGACCUGCCAUCGCAUACAGACAAGGCCUGGGAGUACUGGCUCAAGCACAAAGACCUCUACGGUCCAAUCAGCUCCCUAACGGUCUGCGGCCAAGAUAUCAUCAUCAUCAAUGAUGCUCACAUCGCAGUGGACCUUCUAGAGAAGCACUCAUCUGCCCAUUCGUCGAGACCACAUGCCACUUUGGUAGAAAUGGCCGGAUGGGAAGAUAUCCUAACAUCCGUCCCAUACGGCGAUCACUUCCGCGCUAUCCGCAGAGCGUUGCACCAGGAGAUUGGCUCUAAGGUGUCUGUCGCCCGAUUCAACCAUAUACAGGAGGUGGAAGCGCGGCGCUUCCUCUUCCGGGUCCUGGACGACCAGAAAAGCCUCGUCCAUCAUAUUCGAAAGGAGGUCGGUGCCAUCGUCCUCAAACUCGGGUACGGAUACACGAUCGAGCCGCAUAAGCGGGACCCGCUGGUAGACCUAGCCGACAGAGCCAUGGAGGAGUUCUCCUUCAGUAUAUUGCCAGCAACCUGGGCAGUGGACUUUCUGCCAUUCUUGAAAUACCUCCCAGCUUGGCUCCCGGGAGCAGAGUUCAAGAGGAUGACAGCAACGUUCAGAAAGACCGCAACGGCCUUCAGCGAUCUUCCGUACGCGUUCACAAAGCAUCAAAUGACCCAACCGAGUCAUGUGCCAUCGUUUCUUUCUCAUCAGCUGGAGAAAGGCAUCCCUAGGCCUCGGUCUUCGGAAGAAAAGGUGGCAAAGUGGUCCGCUGCAUCGCUUUACGCCGGUGGAACAGACACGACGGUGUCCACGAUGACUGCCUGGUACAUCGCAAUGGCUCUAUUUCCCGAUGUGCAACGAAAGGCACAGGAGGAAAUGGACCGCGUAACCGGGGGCAAUCGCUUACCCAGCUACGAAGACCGAGAAAACCUACCCUACAUCAACGCGAUGAUCAAGGAAAGUGUUCGCUGGCACUCGGUUGUCCCGAUGAAUGUAGCACAUGUCUCUAUCCAGGACGACUCGGUCGGAGAGUAUGCCAUCCCCAAGGGGACUCAGAUUGUCACAAAUCUCUGGUGCGUUCCCUCCGUCACCACAUAUAUCCCUCGUUUGGGGAGUCAACUCACCGAUUCCAGGGCCUUUACCCACGACCCAAAUAUAUACCCUGACCCGAUGGCUUUCAAGCCAGAAAGAUUCAUAGACACUGCAACCCACAAAGCGGAGCGCGAUCCAUAUUAUUAUUCAUUUGGAUUUGGACGCCGUGUCUGUCCCGGUCGUACCCUAGCAGACGCGAACAUUUACAUCACCAUGGCUUUCCAGUCCGAGAUGGAAAGGAAGUUGAGGUCAAGCUGGACCCGCAGCCAGGGAUCAUCUGUCAUCCAGCACCGGUUGAGCUUGACAUUAAGCCUCGGAACCAGGUAA